GUACCAUCCAUUGUACUUCUGUUGCGUUGACUUAAAUUUUCAACUGUGUUGUAAAUAAAGAUAAUACAUCGUCAAUAGAACAUUUCAUUUAUACGAGAUCAAGUUCAAGUGCUAAAAAAUAUUAUUGUUAAGGGUAGAAAGUAUUUUUUGUUACUUUCUUUUGUUGAUUUAACUAAGAGGGAAUAUUUUUCUUACUUUGUGUAAGCUGCUAAUGUAAACAGUCUGUGAAGAUUGACAUUGAAAACAUUUAGAUGGCUUAGGUGAACCUAAUAAAGAUAAAAAUGGACGUUCACUGCAGGUGGUUUUUGUUGGAAUGGAGUGAGGUAUACCCAAUUAUUGCUGGUAAAAGAUAUAAAAAAUGAUACAUAAUUGUGAUUACUCCUAUUAUUUCAUUAAACUUCUAUCGAAAAAAAAUUUUUAAAGUAAUAAAUACAUUUCGGCGUCUAUUUUUGACUUUGAUAAUCAAAUAUUUGUAAAUCAUGACUCAAAUUAAAUAGCGUUCAUUAAAUUAAAAUAAAGUGAAGAAGAAAUAAUAAAGUACAAUUAAAAAAUAAUCUGAACAGUGUUAUAAUAACUGAAUAAAAAUAUAGUUGGAAAAAUAUAUAAAAUAUAAAAAAAAAAAAAAUAAUAAAAUGAGAGGGAAAUAGGAUGAAAGAAGAGAGAAGUGACUCUUUGGGGAUGCGCGGGCGAAGCAACAAACGGGUAUAAGAGAGACGUUGAGCGUCGCGACGCCUCAGACAGAAGUAUUUGUAUACCCUUAUUUGACUGCGAUAAGUUUUUAUUCAUAAAUUAAACUUUUUUAUCGUUUAAUUUAUCACAUAUUUAAACAUUGUCAUCGAGAUAAGAAGUCAUGAAAGACUACAAUUACGUUCUGGCUAUUGUUUUAGUUUUAUUCAAAAUAUUUACGACUAUUAAAUCCAAUUAUAUUCCUAUUCAACAUCCAGUACCGAUUCGGCAACAAACAAUCCAAGAAUCCUUGAAAGACAGCGAAUUAAAUGACUACCAAUUCAAGGGCAUUGAUAAAAUAAUACCACCGUCGAUUCCAAUUUCAGAGUGCAUGUUCGUAACAUCAGAAACUGGAAGAUUCACAUAUGAAUCGACAAGUGAUGAUCCCACUGUUUGUGGAGCAUAUUUUAUCACAGAUCCUGAUAAGAGAGUGGAAUUAUUUUUUUUAUCGUUUGAUGUACCCUGCGAAGGUGGAGGACUCGUUUCUUUUGUUGACGGAUGGGAGUUGAAUGGAGAAUUUUUUCCAUCACCAGAAGAUCACUCUUUACCACUAGAAGAACGUGUUACGGAAUUUUGUGGAAAAUACGUUUCACACACAUUCAUUAGUUCACAAAAUGGAGCAGUAAUUCAGUAUAGAAUUCCAUUUAAAGGCAAAGGAUUUACUGUUAUUGCACGCUAUCGUAGAAAUCCUACACCCUGUAAUGUACUAGUAAAUAGUACAAUGGAUUCAUUCACACUUCGCAACUAUGGAAAGAGAAUAAAUUGCACUUUAUUAGCCAUUUAUCCAUCAGUAGUGCAGACAAUUGAUCUUAAUGUUGGUGGAAGAAGAUUAGAAAAAUCAUUAUUACCAUAUAUGAGACAUUUCUUUUUAGAAAAAACAGGAACCAUUCACCAGUGCAAUAAAUUGGGUUUAGCCGAUCACGUGCUAAUUGGAGGCAAUACUGGUUUAGAUACGUCCAAAAUAGAAGUACUUGAUUCAAUAUGUGGAAGUAAUAAUAAACCAGAUAGUAGCAGUCAAAUAAUAGGAUGUGAAGUAACAACUGUGAAACUCGUAUCAAGUGGAUUUACUGAUAAUUCUGUUACAGUUUUUAUUAGGCCAGCAGUUGAAGAAGAAAUUUUAAACUCAAACUUAAUUUGUGGAUUUUAAUAAAAUAGAGUACAAUAAGUCAUUAAUUUAAUUCAAUCUGAAACAUCAUAUUGUGUAUAUUAUGAAUUAUUUCAAAUGAAUUGUUGUUAAGACAUAAAUUAUUGAAAGACGUAAUUAUUUCAAGAAUCUCGUUGUUAAAAUAUAUAAAUUAUUGAAUAUUUUAAUUUUAAUGUAAGCAUUUUGCUGUAUGACGUAGAAACGUAAAUAAAAAUCAAUUAAUCGCAGAA